UUGGAGUUGCCUAGUCUGUUUGUGACGAUCCUGGUGCACCAUGGUCCCUUUUAAGACUUAUAAGUCGCUGGUCCAGCUGAAGCACAAAGAAGGGACCUUAUUUGAAGUGGUCGGAGACUCCAGCACGCUGCCCGAGUGGUUCCAUGCCGGGUUUCUGGAUGAUCCAAAGACAGUGUACGUGAAUCCUUGGUUUGUGGAAGCGAUAUUUGGCAAAAAUGGAUACUACAUCCCACAUGUCGAGAGUACAUCACGUACCUUGCUUCAAGUGACCCAUUGGCAUUCUGAAGAAGAUGCAGAGAUUUUGAUAUUCGGGCCUCCUCAUUACCAAGAAGACGUUUCCCAGAUGAUCUCUAACUUGGUUAAUUACCGCCGGCGAAUGAGGCAAGAGGAGGACCUUUCUCCAGAGGAUGAGACCCAGUGUCGUCUUGAGGAGGUUGAUAAGGCCUCCACCCAGCUGUCUCCUAUGAGGGCCGCUAAGGCUCAGGUAGAGGUGGCUGAGGCUGCUACCCAGCAGGCUCCGAUUGAAUAAGACUUUGUUUUCCC